AUGGCGACGAGAAAGCACAACGAUUUCCUAGAUUUGGAAGAGAGUGACGGAGAUGAGAGUCAAGGAUACAAUUCGGAAGCAGAAGAUCUCAAGAAGGGUGGCAGAAGUUUAAAGAGGAGAAAGGUUGACGACGAUCAAAGCGAUGACGAAGAUGUUGAACAGAAUAGCGAUCAGGGAGAGCAAGACUCUAAGGAUGAUAUAAUCGAAGAAGCUUCAAAAGAGAUCGAAUCGAAAUCGGAAUUGAAAACGAAACCAAAGAAUACCUCGAAAGAAUUGGAAUUACCAGGAAUUUCUAGGCCUCUCACGAAGAAAAAUCUUGUCGCAAGUGCUGCUGCUAUCAAAAAAUCCGGCGUUGUCUAUCUUUCCAGAAUACCACCAUUCAUGAAACCAACAAAAUUAAGAUCACUUCUUGAACCAUACGGUGACAUCAAUCGCAUAUUCAUGACACCUGAAGAUCCAGCUUCGCACACAAGGCGAGUUCGCAACGGAGGAAAUAAGAAACGAUCAUUUGUGGAUGGAUGGGUAGAAUUUGUGAAUAAAGCGGAUGCCAAGAAAGUGUGCGAAUUACUGAAUGCGAAUACAAUCGGAGGCAAAAAGGGAAACUACUAUCAUGACGAUGUAUGGAAUCUUCUCUAUUUGAAGGGUUUCAAAUGGAACAAUUUGACGGAACAAAUUGCGGCAGAAAAUGCGGAAAGAAACAGCAGAAUGAGAGCUGAGAUUAGCAAGACGACGAAGGAGAAUAAGGAAUAUGUACAAAACGUUGAACGCGCGAAGAUACAGGAGGGAAUGGAAGCUAAGAAGGCUGCAAAGAAGAGGAAGGAUGGUGAUGACGCCGAUGUCACGAAGGAUGAAAACGUGGAGGCAAAGAAGCAGAAGAAGGAUGCUAAUAGACCAAUGCGCUUCAAGCAGAAUGCUCCAGCAUUGAAGAACAAGACUCAGAGUCAACCAGAACAGGUGAAGAGGGUUUUGAGUAAGAUUUUCUAG